CCUUGCAGUGCUGUGUGAUCGCAGUUUAGUCUCUGGCGCAUGUUGGAACGGCGCGCCAUUUUCUUCAGCGACCGUGUUGCUAUCAGCGGGGGUAGCGCCCUAACAGUGGAUGCAGUGCUGCGACUUUAAUUAUUCGAACCCGUUUCCAGUGCACCCUCGUCCCGGGUUUUUCCCAGGCUAACACCAUUUCCACUGAAUCUGGGUCACAACACAGUCCUACUAUUAACAUGUCUCACGUAAGGAAUGUUCUGAAUACUUGGUGCGGAAAGAAGAAUUUAACUCCUAAUUUUCAGAUCCGUACAACUGGGGACAAGAAUAAACCGACAUUUACGUGUAAGGUUCGUGUCCUUGGAUAUAAUUACGUGGGCGAGGGGAGUUCUACCACCAAAAAGGAUGCCCAGAGAAAUGCAGCCCAAGAUUUAGUGAAUUACUUGAUUCAAAUAGCCGAAAUCGGAAGUGACGAGACUGGGCAUGGAGAUUAUACAGAUGAAUUUGAACCAAUCGAAUCGGAAGAAUUUGAUGGCCCUUCUGGAGGACCAUCACAGCCCUACUUCAACAUGCAGACAGAAGCUGUUGGGCCACCUGCUGUCGGCAAUACUCGGUACGGUCCUCAAAGUGGUGGUUCGAAUUGGGAGCAUAGAGCCAACGUGAAUGAUUAUUAUGCCAGGAAUGAUGAACAGGAGGCUCAGACUCUGCAGGCAGGAGGAGUGGACCCAAAUGCAGGGCCAAGUGAGAGCUGGACACUUGAGAAAGCAAAAGCUCGUCUUAAUGAGUUUUUUCAGAAUGACCCAUCACGAGCAGUAUACAAGAACACACAAGUGGGACGUGGCCGCAACAGAGGGGGCAAUGCUAGGCGUCCUACAGGAUUGAGACAAAGGGAUUUAUCGACUCUGGAGUCAGAGGAAGAGGACUUGAAUGCAGGACUACAUGGGAACAGAAUGCUUGAGAAUACAAAUGUUCGUCGUCCGUUUUUUCAGAAAGAAAAGACACAAGCAGAAUACAGGAACAGACCAGAGAGGCCUGACCGCAACAGAGUGGACAGCGAUAGGCGUCCUACAGCAAUCAGAAGAGAUUUAUCGAAUGAAAAUACACAAGCCGAAUACAGGAACAGGCAAGAGAGGCCUGACCGCAACAGAGAGGACAGUGCUAGGCGUCCUACAGGAAGCAGAAAAAGGUAUUUAUCGACUCGGGAGUCUGAAGAAGCAGAUGCAGGACUGCCUGACAACUGGACACCUGAGCGUGCACACUGUCGUCUUCAUAACUAUUUACAGGCAGAAAAGAUACCAGCGGUAUACUAUUACUCACAAUCGGGGCCUGACCACAACAGGAUCUAUUAUGCAGAAAUGACUGUGAAUGUUAAGCAUCUUGGACGAGGUAAGUUAUGAUUUUAUUCUUUAACC